AUGCGUUUCGCUGCCAUCGCCCUCUCCACACUUGUGGCCAACGCCGCCGCCGGUGUUAUUGCCCCUCGGGCUGACGCUGACUACUCUGGCGUUGACUGGACCAAGGUUGAUUACUCCGGUGUCGACUGGACCAAGGUCGACUACACUGGCGGUAACAAGGACAAGGACAACAACAAGCAGCCCGAACCGGUCCAGAAGGUCCCCGAGCCAUCAGUUGCCCCUGCCCCGACCUCAGUCUCCGUCCCGACUUCGGUCCCCGCUGUCGUUGCUGCUGCCGCUCCGACCACGACUCUCGUUACCAAGGUCGCCACCUCUGCCGCCGCCGUUGCUACCGAGUCCACCACACCAUCUAAGCCCUUGACCGGCAGCCUCUCCGACGACCAGCAGAAGGCCCUCGAUGCCCACAAUGCCGCUCGCGCUGCCGUUGGGAACUCCCCACUGACCUGGGACGACUCCCUCUCCUCCGAUGCCCAGUCGUGGGCCAACACCAUCGCCACGCUGGCCUCCCUCACCCACUCCAGCGGCUCCGGCCAGGGCGAGAACCUGUACAUGCAGUCCGACAACGGCUCUCCCUUCACCAACGCCAUCAACUCCUUCCUCGCCGAGAAGAGCCUCUACAGCGGACAGGUCAUUGAUGGCGGCAACUUCGGCGCCUUCGGACACUACACCCAAGCUGUGUGGAAGUCCACCACCAAGGUUGGCAUGGCUGUUGCCAAGGCCGCCGACGGAACCAACUGGGUUGUUGUCCGUUACUCUCCCCCCGGUAACUUCAUCGGCCAGACCCCCUACUAA